AUGUGUACGGAUCUAUAUAGCCGUAGCCGUAAUCAUGUACUGCUAAACUUAGAUGCCCGGGCUGAGGCUCUUUUGGUCGCUCUUGGCGCGGAGGCGGACACAGAGCUCUCCACCUUGGCGACUCAGUUUGCCCAAGUGGCCGGUCAGACACUCGCCCCGCGGACGUCCAAUGAUUACGCGCGGUCUUGGGAGCCUUUCCGCGAGUGGUGGGCGGCCAGGCGACUGCCCAGAAGCAUCUAUGACACCCCGGGUGAGGUGGUGGCGCUCUAUCUGCUCUCCCUGCUGAACUCGUCCAAGGAAGAUAAGGUGGGGCCUGGACGGGUUCGUACAGCGAGUGCAGCAAUCAGCUCCUAUUUCCGCCUAGCCGGCAGAGUGCCCCCUACAGAGCACCCUGCCUGCAGCAUCGUCCACGACCUCGCCGAAAAGCAACUCCAAGGCCGUAAGCUAGAACGCGACGCCCUGGAGCCGGCGGACAUCACGGCGCUGGCCCGGCUGGUCGGUGGGCCGGAGCCGCCCCUUGACCAGCUGAUGACCGUUACAGCCAUCGUGGUCAUGUUCGCGGGGUUCUUUCGGUUCGACGAUGCUGCGGAGAUCAGCGUUCACGAGGACCUUCUGGUUAUCACGGCAACUGGCAUGGAUGUUUUCAUCCCUCGUUCCAAGACCGAUCAGCAGAGACGGGGUCACUGGGUCCCCAUCGCCCGCGUCGGCGGUGCCGUGUGCCCCGUGGGCCUGACGGAGCGCCUUCUCACCCUGGGAGGGUACAAACGCCGCCCAGACACGCCGGACGAGGACGUCGGGCCCCUUUUGCGACCAGUCCAGUGGAACAGGGCCGGGGGGUACUUGUCAGGUCCUCUGACAGGCACGGUGGCCCAGCCAAUCCACUCCCUAUCGUACCCGGCCUUCUGCCAUCGGCUCAACAAGACUCUGCAGGCAGCGGGGAUCACCCGCCGCAUCACUGCGCAUUCCAUGCACAUAGGAGGAAACAGCACUGCCGCCGACCGCGGUGUGCCUGCGGACCUGCGCAAAGCGCAUGGCCGGUGGCGCAGCGACGCCAUGGUACAGCACUACACGCGGCGCGACGGGGAGGCGAAACUCUCCGUCUCCCGCAGCCUGGGCCUCGCCACCCCUUGCUUCCUCUUUCCGCUAUCCCAGUCUUGCCCCAGAUGCAGCACUGUUUGGCUCGGCCUGGCGUCGGCGGACUCCUGA